GGGGAAUAAAACAAUGCGUGAAAAAGCUACGACUCUAUCAAGGCACGGUCCAUUUCUAUUCGUGACACAUUUUCUAAGAUGGCCGCUUCCUAUGUAGCCUGGCCGUAAAUAAAGAUGGCCAUGCUCCAUUGCAUAAAGCAGGUCUCGUAGUGAAGCAUAGCAAUGAUUUUAUGUGUUCUCGUGUAAUUUUACUGUGCUUUGACUUGUAAUUAUCAUGGAGGUCGGCUUGAGUAAUACUCUAUUAGCUGGUGAUCCACGGUUAGUGGAUCAUAUUGUGGGAGAAGUCAAAUCACAAGGAAUCUUUGAUCAAUUCCGUAAGGAAUGCAUCGCUGAUGUUGAUACAAAGCCAGCGUAUCAAAAUCUACAUACACGCGUGGAAGGAUCAGUGAAUUCCUUUCUUGCUAAGCAAGUAUGGAAAGCAGAUCUCAACAAAAAUCAGCUUCGUGAAACCUUGCGCAAACAUAUACAUGAAGCACCAUACUUAGAUACUGGUGUGGAACGCAUAGUAGAUCAAGUGGUAAAUCCAAAGGUCUACUCUGUGUUUAUGCCGCAAAUUGAAGACGUAGUAUACAAAUUCCUGGGCUUAGAGAGACCUAAAGCACGAGAGAAAAACGGUUCUUGUGGACUUAAAGAUUUGUUACCAAAAGAUUUAGAUCCUGUUUCUCCAGAAUCUGACAAAAACAGUCUAAAAGAUGUGUCACUUGAGUCUGUGGAUGCGAACAUGGAUAAUAUUGAUGUUAAGAAUGAUGAAACAUCAUUGUCAAUUAAUGAACAAAAAUCGCAAUUUAUUGAAACUAUUGGAGAUGAUAACUCUGACAAUGCACAAUUUCUCACCAAUGAGAAACGAUCAGAGAGUCCUAAUAAAAUAUCAAGCAGAACGGCAUCAAAUUCGAAUAUAAACAAUUCAUUAAAAUCAGAUGACAAGGUAGAAGAAGAUGAGGAGGAUAGUCCAGUAUUUGAGCCAAUCGAUAUAAUGAAUCUCAAUGAAUCAAAUAUUUCCAAUGAUUCUCAUCUUUCUGGAAUAUCUGAGUUAACAAGUCAUAGAUCCAGAAGCCCUGAUUUUUCUAAUGACUUUUCUCGGGACAAUUUAGAUUUCAGCAAUCAAGAUUCUCAGCUAAGCAAAGUUUCAUCGGAUUCACGACUUUCCAUCGUUACUGACUUCAGUUGUUCAAACCAUGCAUCAACUCCGCUACCAGACACCUCCAAAGAUGAUUCCAUCAAAGAGGAGUAUGCAAAGGACAACUUUAAAGCAAUCAGAGAAUUCGAAACUAGUAAACAUAAAGAUAAAAAUGCUUCUGACUUGGACAAAUAUAAAGAUAAUCUCAUUCAAGAGUCCAAAAGUAUUAAAAGUAAUUUGUCCUCUAAAGAAAGUUCGAGGGAUGCUACUGAUAGUGCAAUUAAAGAUAAAUAUGAAUCCAAAGAUAAAAGUCGAGACAGUGAUUCGUUCAAGUCGAAGUCGUCCAAAGAAAAAUCGGAGCUAAAGAGUUAUAAAGAUAAAGAGAAGGAUUACAAAAAGAAACAAAAUCGAGACAGUAGUUUGAGAAACGAAAAAUAUUCUAAAGAUAAGUCUAAAGACAAAACGGAAACGUCACGAAUGGGUACAGAAAAAAGUCGUGAUAGCUUCGAGAAAAGCAAAGAAGCUAUCAUCAAGCCCAAGGAAGAGAGGGUAAAAGACUCAGAUAAAAAAGAUAUAGCGGUGAAAGAAGUUAAAGAUUUAAAGGACAUCUACAAAGAAAAGAUCCGGGAGCUGAGGGAGAAGAAAGAAUUAACCGAAAAAGAAAAAUUGAACAAGGAUAAUAAAGACAAUAAAUCAAGUAAAGAAUUCAAAGACAGAAAAGAUUCAUCAAAAGACAAAAAAGAUAAAAAGGAUUACAAAGUUUCAUCAUACAAAAAUGCGAGUUCGAGUCGUCCGGAAAGUAAAUCUGCAAAAAUCGAUGACAAAUCAUUAAUUAAAACUGAUAAUAAAUCAAGUACAAAAAGUGUCGAUUCCAAGGAUACAAAAAAUGAAUCAAAGGACAAAGGAAAGCGUGACGAUCGACGAUAUUCCAAAGACAGCAAAAGUAAAAGUUAUUCAUUGAUGAAAUCAGAUUCUGCCGAAAAGUUUGACAAAACAGACAUUAAAAAAUUGGUAAAAACUGAUAAAGAUGACAAAACAGAAUUGAAAAAAGAUAUGCAAAAGUUAGUAACAAAGAAAGAAUCGAAAUAUGACAUACUAAAUAAAGAUUUGGAAAGGGGUCAUAAAGCAGAUAAUAAAAAAGAAGCAAAGGUGGAUUCACAAAUCAAGGAGAGAAAACGCAGAGACGAGAAAAAAUCAAAGUCAAAGGAUGAGCAUUGUAGUCUUAGAAAAAACUCAAGCGAUAGACGCUCUACGGACAGAGAUGGUUCAAACGGUUCAAAUGGUAGAAGUUCACAAAAGAGCAACUCCAGUUCCAGUACCUCUUCUGGUAAGGCUGUCUCAUCAAGUAUCACAAAGGAAUCCAGCAAUACCAGCAAUUCCAGCAGUGAGACAUCAGACGGUAUUGAGGAAUCACAACUAGAUGAAUUAAAAAAUUCAUCAAUAGAACCAAUAACAAAAGUUUAUAAUGAAUCCUGUGAUCAUCAAGAUCAAACUAUGUCAGAAACUAAAAUUGAUGACUCGGAAUUAAAUCCACAAAAGCUAAAUCUUGGCUCGUUGGAGUUGACUCUGCCACUGAAAAAACGUCCACUGCUUGUUGAUGAUGCAUCCAGCAACUUGGGAGAGAAUAGAAUUAAAAAACCGAAAUUCGCAAAAAAUAUAUUCGAGGCCAAGAAGCUGAUGAAAGUUCGCAAACGUAUGGAAAAACGAGAACGAUUGCACAAUGAAGAAUUACAAAGGAAACUCGAGGUUGAGACUGUAAAGGAAUUGCAGCCAGUAUCGUCACCACCACCACCGAAACCAUCGGAUGACCCUGAUAACAUCAGUACAAUACCUGACGAAGAGCGCGUUCAGAUCGUUGAAAUUCCUGACGAAGAUUAUGAACAGCCAUAUCCGGAAAAGCAGACAAAUUUAACUUUAAAGGAAAGCUCAUUUGUAAUACUUGAAGGUGAACCAUCAUUACGAUCUAAUGCACAUUCUACUUUAUCUGAAAUGGAACUAUCAAUAAGACAGUCAUUGACUGAAAUGAUUUCUGAUACUAAAUUGAUAGAAACCACUAACGUCAUGACAACUAUUGAUAACCCAACAGAACCGCAAGGAACAGCGCAAGCAGAAACCAAUCACGUAAAUUCAGGUGAAUCACAGAAGAGUCCACUCUGCAGUAAAGUACUAGUGAACUUAUCAUCGAGGAAUCCAGAAAUAAUAAAUAUUAAUCAAACAAUGUCUGAACAACAGAGUUCAACAAAUGCUAUCCAAGAAUCGUUAACGAAUAACGAAAAAUCUAAAGAAUUCAUUGAAAACCAGGAAAUCCAAAAUAUUCCCUUAAGAGUUAAAGAUACAUCACAUGCUGACAAGUAUAUUGAAGAAAGUCAAAAUAUCGACGAAAUCAUCAAAAGUUCUACGUCAGCAUUCUCGAAUCAAAAUGAUACAAUUCAACGUGCAGAGAGUUCAGUGAGGAUAAAAGAAGAUCCAAUCAAAAUUAGUACUGUACUGAAUUUGGAAAGUGAAUGUUCAACUACUCAUGUCAGUAAAGAAUCCAAGCACCAUGACAGUGAUACUGAAGAAUCGGAGAAACAGGAGAUCAGCAAGUUAAAAUCAUCAAUGGGGCACCAAGAAGAAUGCUUGUACUUCCAAGCUGACAAUGAGAAAUAUUUGAAAUUUUCAAGUUUCCUAAAAUCGUAUGAACCGGAUGAGGGUGCCAAGAGUUUAGAACAAAUGAUAGAGAGUUUGGGUGGUCAAAUGGUGUCAUCUUUUUCAAAAACCAUGGCGCCUCCAUUGCCCAAACGUAAACACUCGACAAGUCCUCUAUCCGAUAUCCUUAUUAAUACCUCGAAUAAUAAUAACGAUGGGCACAAAAUGUUGGAUGCUUUAGCUGAUCAUGACGGUCCGAAUAGCAUAAAGAAAAGGAAGCUAGCUCGAGUUAAAAAACAAAGAACAAAUUCAGGUCCUUGUACACCCCACAAUCUAUUGAACGGAGAGAACUUUGUGAUGCCCUUAAGUCCAGAGAGCGAUGUAUCAGCCACCAGUGAGAAAAUACCAUCUCAUCCCAUAAAAGAUGAUAAAAGUCGACAGAGAAGCAGUCAACGAUAUUCGAGUGACGACCUCUACAAGCCUCGGCCACUAUUUUCCAGCUCGUCCCGACGAAGUAGAAGAUCUAACCAGGCAUAGCUAGUGGUCCAUGGAUUGAGAUACUGAACCGCUUCAAAAGAAGAUCCAGCAACGAGUGACAGGACUGGAACGUUGUACAAAUUUUCAAGCAGUACGAGUUUCAACAGUUUUCAGAAGUGCCCUGCUGCCAGUUGCUUGUGCGCUUACCCGUCUUCCGAUAGUGUUGACCGGACGAUUAUUCGAGAUAUUUUGAAAACUUACUUAUUCGACAAUUCAUAACGCCAAAACGAAAUUGCAGUAAACAUUAAUAAUCUAUGUCAACACUAAUACCGCGUUAUUGUUCAGAUAACUGGACUUCUUUUUAUCCUUCAACAGCAAUCUAAUCCCUAACACAUUACGGGUAUCACAAAGCAACAGAUGUAGAAUUUAUACCUAUAAAAUCUAUUUUCCAUGCCAGAAAACGAAAAGGCAUGUACAUACGGUACUUCCGAACGUAGAAAGUGAAGCAGCUGUUGGGCAAGAUCAAGAGAACCUUAAGAAAAGUUUGAAAUUUAAUAAAUUAUUAUUGAAAUACGCGCUGAAAGUGUGUUGCAAUAACGUAAUAGAAAAGUAACGUAAUAAAUAAUACUUUCCAUAAUAAUAGAUUUGUACCAUUUCGAAUCUUUGAUAAACAGUAGCGAGACACGUUAUAGACCAUGUAUAAAUAUAUUCACUGUGUAUAAACCUGUAUAUUGGUAUAUUACAAAUAUGCAAGUACUGUAUAUUACUAAAAAAAACUAUUUAAUAUAUCCCUUUGCGUUUGAAAUAACAUAGUUGACUGUAAUAUAACAGUGCCUGAAAUUCAUAAUAUAAGUUAUAAUGAAAGAAUAUCGUAUGCUGCACCUGCGAUAGCAGCAUUGCCUCAAUAAAUUUCAAUUGUAGUUUAUUGGCUUCCAAAUAAAAACAAAUUUUUGUAUAUGUUAUAUCGUAUACGCGAUAUCAUCCUGCAUUAUGACAAAACUCGUUCUACAUUUACAUAGUCAUUUUUUACAAAUAUUGAUAUUUCUCUUUCAUUGAUUAUUUCCCUAGCAAUUUUGACCACCUUCAUUUUCGGCUAAUUUACCGUAAGUACCACCGGGAAGUCAUCGAGUGGUUUUUACAAAAAAAAAAAAACCGAAGAAUCAGUCAUAGCAACUUCAAAAACGACUGCCCUAAAGCUUUGGUGCAUCGGCGACUGAAAAAACGGCCGAAUAAAAAUGUUCAGGGAACUCGUUUUAAGAAUCGUUACGACCGAUUCAUCGGUUUUUUGCAAAAAACAAAUCAGUGGUUUUUAGGAUAAUUUGACGGUGGUUCAAAUUGCUAGGGUUAUUACAGUAUCAAUUAAUAGACACUGAAUAGACAAUAACAACAGCUUCAUCAGAUGAACGUAUACAGAUUACGCUCAUCAUGUCUAUGGAAUUAUAAUUUACAUAUAUCUUCAUGAAUCGUGCUUCCCUAAACAUCUUUAUAUCAUACUAUGUACAAUCACAACUGAUAUAUUAUCAUACAUCUCAUUUCAUAAUGAACUACCUUAUUAAAGAUUAUUGUAAUAUAUCAGAAUUCAAAAUACAUAUUGGUGUUAUUAUUCGAAAUAUACUGUUAUCGAGCACUCGAUAAAAAUUUGUUAAUUUUUAGUGAUGUGUAGGUUAAAGAUCAUUUAUGGCCUUGUAUAGUUAUAAGUAGAAGGUCAUAAAUAGUCACUUCAGUUUUCCUAUGCCAACAAAAACCUUUUACACUGUAAGCAUGCCUCUAUUUCGUUCCUUUCUCGAUUAUGCAAUAUAGCAUAACAUACCCUGUAACGCAACAAGCUAGGAAUUGCUUACGAUAUAUUGAACAUCAAAAACUCUUACCAUCUAUCUAGUUAUCUUGUUAUUUUUCCUGUAAAUACAUAGUUACAGCAAUCGUA